GAGCGGUGGGCGGGGCUUGCUCCCCAACCAAUGGGAGGGCGUCUUCCCUCAGGUGGGAAGAAUUCUCCGCGUCGAGGCGGCGGCCUUCGAAUUUUCUUGCCUCAGGGAGACCUCGGCGUCGUUGCUCGAAGGCGGCUGGUUUUGGGGCCUCCUUUCCGUCCUCGCCUCGCUUCUCUUUUCCAAUGGACGCUGCCGAGGUCGAAUUCUUGGCCGAGCAGGAGCUGGUCACCAUUAUCCCCAACUUCAGCCUGGACCGGAUUUACCUCAUCGGGGGUGACUUGGGUCCCUUUAAUCCUGGGCUGCCUGUGGAAGUACCUCUCUGGCUAGCUAUCAGCCUAAAACAGAGGCAGAAAUGUCGACUGAUGCCUCCAGAAUGGAUGGAUAUAGAGAAGCUGGAGCAGAUCCGAGAGCAGGAACGCAAAGAAGACACUUUCACCCCAAUGCCUAGUCCUUACUACAUGGAAUUAACUAAGUUGCUGCUGAAUUAUGCUGCAGACAAUAUUCCAAAAGCAGAUGAGAUCCGAACACUGGUUAAGGACACAUGGGACACCCGAAUUGCAAAACUCCGGUUGUCUGCAGAUAGCUUUGUCAGACAGCAGGAAGCUCAUGCCAGGCUGGAUAAUCUGACUUUGAUGGAGAUCAACACUACUGGCGCUUUCCUUAUACAAGCUUUAGAUCACAUGUACAAGCUUCGUACAAAUCUCCAGCCUGGAGGGAGUGCACAGUCACAAGAUUUUUGACAACAGAAAUCUUCCAUUCAAUAGGGUCUUGUUACUCUCACUGGGUGGCUUUUCCUGGGUCUAAAACAAGUACACCUGUGAUAUUAUUUGCCUUUGAUAUUCAUCAGGAUGCACAUAAAGCAAAAACUAUACAUUGUAAACAAAUGUCAGUGUAAUAUUCUUGAUAGUAUUUGUUUAUGGACAAGCAGUGGAAUGCUGAGUCUGUGGCAUGAUCAUUUAUCCAGUCUGUAAGGACGUGUAUGGGUCCUUAGCAAGGGAAUACAGCUCCUAGCUGUAAUGGUAGAUGCCUUUGUCCAUUGUGGCUACCUAUGCUGUUGUCAUCCCAUGAUAAAUAUGCUGUUGCUCUUUGCUGUCUCACAACUGCACUCAACUGUUUAUUCUUGAUCUGAAACUUGUAAGAUAAAACAAAUUGGUCCUCCUAAAGAUCCAGGUCCUUAGUGGCCCUUCAUCUUCUGAUACCUCUGGGACAAAUGACAGCAUGUGACUAUUUUAAACACCCGAUUGGACAACUGUUUAAGGGUGAUGUGAUAUUCUCAAAAGGGCACACUGCUUCCACUGUGAUGUUACUUACUCAUUCUAUUUGUCAGCUAUCUUUUAGAGAUAAAGGAUCUUUUCUUGUUGCCUUGGCACCGACUGCUGAGUUUGUUAUGAGAGAAACUGUGUGCUUUAUAUGGAAACAGAUCCAUAGAAACAAGACACAUCACUUGGCCUGGUUUGUGUUCUAUAUAUUAUCAAUGCAGUAGAGUCUCUUCAUUCUUUGCUUUCCAAGGCCUGUUUGCAGCAGCCUGAAUGUAUCUAGAUUUACCACUUAUUUAUUCACUGUCAGUUUUCUGGUCAUCAGUCAUAUAGUAAGUGUUUCUGACUGUGGUGUACAGAUUUCUGUGGAAGGAAUUUCUGGUUGAAUGAUAGAAAUGAUGAGGGUGCAGCUUAAUUGUUACUCUGCUGGCAGAUUCCGAAGACGUAGGUUCUUAAAUGGACAUCAGUGAAGUCCUUUGCUGAACCUGGUAUAUUCUUUGGAUAUUUCGAACCAAAAUAUAGUUUUAAAAAUAUGUUUUUGUACAUUAAACUGAAAUAUUUGUCAACAUUAACUGCUUAAUCGUUUAUAAAACAAAGUUGAAUUUAUUGCCUCCUACUGUUUUCUUAACAGUUCCUUUGCUAGUGCUGAGGAGAAAGCCCAAGUAAUGAGUCCUCUUAUGCAAACACAGAUAUUGUGAAAUUGUUUAAGAUAAGGCUAGGUCUGAUUUAUAUGCUUAAUUUGAGAUGUAUGUAUAUUCAUAUUGUGAAUUUAUAAUGGUUUGUAGUGGGUACUAGCAAUAUUGUAUUUACUGUUUAUACAUUUGUUCUCUUUUCUUUUUAGUUCAAUUUAUUUUUGUUAUUUGUUAAAUCUCAAAAAAGUAAAAAAAAAUACACCAGACAUUGCUUAUAAAAGAAAUAUAUAACACUCUGAACUUUCUGAAGAGAUGUUUUAAACCUAGUUUUUAAUCUGUCUGAAAAGAGAAACAGUCCUUGCUUAAUAAGAAGAAUUAAGUUCAUAAUAUUUAGGCAAGUACUAUACUUGCACACAAUUUCUAAUAGUUUGCUCCUCAGUACUCAUGUCUCCUGUUUUCGUACCCAAUUAAGUAAAACUGAUUUGUGAGUUAUUUGACUUAGUGUGAGUGUUCUGGAAUAAAUCUUCAGUUAGCUGUG